CAGGCACGCAUGCGUACAAGGGGGGCAAUAAGACACCAUUUUGGGUACACAAACGAUGCGAGAAAAUAUUUGUUUUUUGUUAUCAGAAAUUCAUCAGAUCGGUUUAACCAGGGAUCAGAUUAGUCCCGAGGUUCUCUUUAAUUUAUUUUGAAGGAAUUUUAAUUUAACCAAUUUGUUUAUUUUCCAAAGGUAACGUAGUCUUGAAUAUAAAGUCAGGACUGUUGCGAAUGGACGGAGAAGACGACGAAUUCUUUUCCGGAAAUCACUCUGACGAUGGCGGUGGUACCCCUGUACAAGACGAACACGCACCGGCAUCCGAUGGAGAAGAGGAUGCUAGAAGUGACGCACAGCAAUCCGAGGAGGGGAUGAGUGAUGGUGAAGGAGAAGCUCGAGCAAGGCAGGCCAAUGGCAUUGGAAGCGCUUCAGAGAAUGAAGACGGCAGAGGUCCUGGAGACAGCGACUCUGAAAAAGAAGUUGGGCACGAUAGCGACUCUGAGCCGGAGGCUCCCAAGCCCGCCGACAGCGACUCUGAGCCGGAGCCUCCGAAACACGUGGACAGCGACUCAGAGCCGGAGGCCCCAAAACCCGCGGACAGCGACUCUGAAACCGAGGCUCCCAAACGCGCCCACAGCGACUCUGAACCGGAGGCUCCCAAACCGGCCAACAGCGACUCUGAACCGGAGGCUCCCAAGCCCGCCGAAAGCGAUGCUGAAGAGGAGGCCGUGCCCAAGCAGGGAGGGAGUGCCUCUGAGAACGAGGAGCUGGCCAAACCUCUCAGAGGACACUCCGACGGGGGCAGUGACUCUGAAAACGAGGCGCCUAAACACAGGCAGAUAGAUUCGGACGACGACGAGGGGGAGCAGGGGAAAGGCCAGGGAAGCUGGAAGGGGGUGAUGCACUCUGACAGCGAGGAGGAGGAGGGAGGCCCGGCACGAGCAGCCGGCAGUGACCAAGAGCAGGAGGGCGGGAAACGGCAGCAGCUGGAGGACAGCGACGAUGAUGAGGAGAAACCAGUUAAGAGAAAGAAAGCUAUUCUCUCGGACAGUGAGGACGAGGAUGAAAAAGAUGACACACCGGUGAAAAAGAAGAGUCGUGCUUUGUUGGAUGCAGAAAACUCAGACAGCGAUGCUGCUUCUGAUUCUCCUGAUAAAUCGAUGGCCGCUAAACUACGAGAGCUGGGCUCAGACAGCGAGGAAGAGGAGGAUAGGAGUAAGGGCGAUGUGGGGAAGAAGGAUGAGAAGAACCUCUUUGGCAGUGACAGUGACUCUGACGAUGAGGAGAAAAUGAUUGCUGAUAUCUUUGGGGAGUCGGGUGAUGAGGAGGAGGAGGAGUUCACGGGUUUCAAUCAAGAAGACCUGGAGGGUGACAGGAACCAAUCAGAGUCCUCUGCCAAGAAGCAAGUAGCAGAGGAGUCCGACUCCGAUGAUGACAUCGACAGGGGUGGAAAAGACACCAGCUUCAUGUCCGACUUCGACGUGAUGCUGGCGCGAAAGAAGGCCCAGGGCGGCAGGCGGCGGAGAAACCGCGACGGCGGGACCUUCAUCAGCGACGCGGACGACGUGGUCAGCGCCAUGAUCACCAAGAUGACCGAGGCCGCUGAGGAGGACAGAACCCUGAACAGCCAGAAGAAGCCCGCCCUGAAAAAACUGACUCUGUUGCCCACUGUGGUAAUGCACCUGAAGAAGCAGGACCUAAAAGACACGUUCAUAGACAGCGGCGUGAUGACGGCCAUUAAAGAGUGGAUAAGCCCGUUGCCAGACAAGAGCCUUCCGGCACUCAAGAUCAGGGAGGAACUCCUGAGGAUUCUACAGGAACUCCCCAGUGUGAGUCAGGAGACUCUGAAGCACAGCGGCAUCGGGCGAGCCGUCAUGUUCCUGUACAAACACCCCAAAGAGUCCCGUCCCAACAAAGACGUCGCCCUCAAACUCAUCAACGAAUGGUCGCGACCCAUCUUCGGCUUGACCUCCAACUACAAGGGCAUGACCCGGGAGGAGCGGCAGCAGAGAGACCUGGACCAGCAAGUGCCCCCCCGCCGCCGCCUCAGCUCUGGAGGCCAGACUCCCCGCAGAGACCUGGAGAAGGUGCUGACAGGAGAGGAGAAGGCACUGCGCCCCGGGGACCCCGGGUUUUGUGCCCGCGCCAGGGUGCCCAUGCCCUCUAACAAGGACUACGUGGUUCGGCCCAAAUGGAACGUGGAUGUGGACACAAACAGGGGGCCCAUGAAGAAGGGGAUGUCUCGGGUGGACAAACAGAUGCGCCGCUUCGCCGACAUCAGGCGACUGACGAAGACCGGCCACGCAGUCAAGAUCAGUGUGGAGGGGAACCGCAUGCCUCUCUGAUUUUAAACACGUCUCGUCUUUUUUUUUUUUUUUUUUUUGUUAAUGUUUUUUUUUUUUUUACCUAGUCUCCCCACACCCCCCACGUCAGCUCUGUUGUGACCCAGCGCUGUUAUCUGUUGAAUAAUAAUGUUUAGCUUCUCAAACCGGAGUCCAAAACGCUGUAUAUUCUGGUCUUCGGUCAGACAGGUGAUGUUCAUUCUACUUUUCAGAUAAAUCUGUACAGAAAUAAAAGUUGCAGUUUGUCUCUACUGUCAUAAUAAAGGGUUUUCUCAAUUUUA